CAUGAUUGAACUUCUUCGAGUUUGAACGGGUGCUUUGUCGUAAAGUUGAGAGACUUGUGCUUUGGCUUAUAAUUCAUUCUGGUGGGAGAUUACAAACCGGUGUCCCGGGUUCCACUGGUCUCCCACUCACUCUCCCACUCUCCCACCGGUCUCCCAUCACUGGCACGUCGCUUAGCAGUUAAUAUGCCAUUUAUGACGCAAAAGAUGAGAUAAAAGCUUUCUUAACUGUUUUGAAUGAACAAGGGGAUUUAUAAGCCAAUUCACUAUAAAUAUUUUUCUUCACCCAAGGCAAUUGUGCGAGCUGGUUAUGAACGUCUGCCUUCGACUGUACCCGGAAGCUAUUAGUUCAACUUACUCAAAGUCGAAUACCCAAAUUGCGAAUCAUGAAGGAGGCUAUCAAUCUGGCAGGCCCGACCGUAAAGAUUGUCGAGAGCACGAUUCCUCAGCCAAAUGAGGACCAAGUUCUUAUCAAAGUGGUCGUUUCUGGGUCGAAUCCCAAGGACUGGAAAGUCCCAGACCUUGCAGCUUCUGGGGACAGCACUUUGGACAUGAUGAUUGAGGCCAAGAAGGGAGUGAACCAAGGAGACGAUGUUGCCGGUGUGGUUGAAAAGGUCGGAUCUAGAGUGGUUGAGUUCAAACCAGGCGAUCGCGUCGCAGCAUUCCACGAAAUGUGUACGCCCGGCGGCUCGUAUGCUGAGUACGCACUGGCGUGGAGUCAUACAACUUUCCAUCUUCCUAAGCACACCUCAUUUGAAGAAGCCGCAACAAUCCCUCUUGCUGCCUUGACUGCCGCUGUGUCCUUGUAUGCACACCUUCAAUUCCCACCGCCGUGGAACCCUGCAGUAAAACCAACCCCAUUCAUCGUUUACGGCGCAAGCACGGCUGUUGGCUCUUACGCGAUUAAAUUGGCGCGCAACAGCAACAUCCAUCCAAUUAUUGCCAUUGCAGGGAAGGGAUCACAAUUUGUACGGGGCCUCCUAGAUCAAAGCAAAGGAGAUACGGUGAUCGACUAUCGUGAAGGAGCAGGAGCAACGAUCAAGGCGAUAAGAGACAGCCUUGUACUGGCAGGACAUUCUACUGUGCACCACGCACUUGAUACCGUUAUCAUUACGCAAAGCGCAGAAGUCUUAAAGCAGUCGGUCACUCCGGGCGGACAGGUUGAUUUUGUAUUGCCCAACGACCUGGACGUCUCACCUGCUGUCAAAUCGAUUACUUCUGUGGGAUCGGUGCACAGGCAACCUGGGUUUGGUAAUGAUGAGGAACUAGGAUUCGUUUUCUCUCGGUAUCUUACGAGAGCAUUGCAAAAUGGCAGUUUCUCCGGCCAUCCUUUCGAGGUUAGGCCGCGAGGCCUCGAAGGUGUUGAGAGAGCCUUGAAAGACUUGAAGGCUGGAAAAGCAAGCGCUAUCAAGUACGUUUUCCGCAUUGCGGAUACUCCAGGGAUUGUUUAGCGCAGGUUACGUUCAGGGCUUGUUGAGUAUUCAGUCAUCACGAGGCUCUUCAAUGGACGACAGAUUUCAGGUCAUUUUCAUUCACCAAUCUUAGUCUUCAGUAGUCUUCGACCUAAACCCCUACACAUUUUAAGAAUAUCAUUAUUAUUGCACCAUGG